AUGGCUCCCCCUCGUCGACGUCAUAUCGGCGCAAGCCGCAGGAAGAGAAGGGAAGAUGAGGGCGAAGAAGAGGGCUCGACCGCCGGAGAUCUGGAAGAUGACUCCUUGAGCGAAGGCUCUGCGGAAAGCCAUCAAGAUGAUGAGGAUGCCGAUGUAGAAGGUAGCGAGGACGAAGAAGAAUCACAGAGCACCAAGGAAGCGGGCAAGCCGAAUCGCCGAAAGAUUAAUGGCCGUGGGCUACGAGCAGAACGGAAACGACGCAGCUCGACAUCCCCCAAUAAGCCUGGACUGAAAACGACAGUAUCGGAUACGGAAGCUAUGUUGAAUGGCCUCAAGAUCACCGACGAGGGCGGGGAGGUUGAGUUCGAUCAACUCAAGGAAGAACGAGAGCUCCAGACCGGCCGAACACCGUCGGCCCCUCCCACUGAGCCAAAGCGGGAAACUCUGGCUGCGAAGAAACGCCGGGAGCACGAUAAAUAUAUGAAAGAGCGUGACCAGAACCCGGCUUUUGUACCCACACGAGGCCGCUUCUUUCUCCACGAUAAUCGGACAACGGAGGCAGGGACAAAUGGUCAUCGCCCCUCCACCAAGGGCAAAUCAUCUCGCCCUGUUGGUCUGAUUGUCGAUGGAAACUCCCGCAGAAACUCUACGAAGACUGAUGCCAGUGAAGGGAAGUGGGAUCAUGACCUUCACGCUACCGUAGCUGGUGAUGAACGUUCUGGUCCAAAGCAGCCGCCCCCCUCAGCAGUACCGAAUCCCCCUUCGAAUGUUCCCACUGCCCCUCGCUCCUCCCCGCCAAAUCGGUCUUUCUCCAGCACUACUCUCAUUGGUAAUGUGCCGGUUGUGGUGUUCUUGCCGGGCAUGAGCCAGGCGAAACCCUUUGCCGCUGUGCCAAAGAAACAGCAUACGCGACUUCCCCAGCAUCGCCCUCCUCUGCGGCGUGACAAGCCCGUGCGAAUCUCACUUCCCGGUCAACCCCCUCGUUAUAUUUUCCCGUCUACUGAGCGUUCCUUCAUCUUCAUUCCCCGCGCAUUACGCCCUAACCAACAAGGCUAUCGAGGCCGCGGCCGUGGAGGCUUUUACCCCGGACGUCGACCAAGUUAUUACCCAGGCUCAUAUACACCCAGCGUUGCCAGCCGGCGGUCUUCGUUCGGCAUGGGUUCCCAGGAUGGAUUCCCAUCGCCGGCAGGCUCGGUCUAUUCGCGCCCGUCGAUGUCUCAUCAUGAUAUGGGCAAACCUGUUGUUCGCCUGCCGCCUCCACCGCGUCCUCCAGUUGGUAUUCCCCCAGUUGGACCUGGUAUGGGUAUGCCAGGACAAAUGGGCAUGCCGACAAUGCUCCCUCCAUAUCCUCCCUACCGUGAAAGCCGUCCGGCUCCAAUCCCGAUGCAUCAACCCCGCCCUCAGAAGACAGUUUCCGUGGCAGAUAUCGAAACUCCCAGCCUCCAUUUCAACCCGCCGCAGCCCCAGCAAGAGCAACCAUUCCAUCACCAAGUUCCUGUGCCCGUGGCCGGCCCUGGCCAGGAGCUAAUGCAACAUGGUCCAUCGAGUCAGCACUCGGGGACGCCACUCUCUCAGAUCCCCGAGCGGGCUGUGCAUGCCGACUCUUUCCACCCCUACUCAUACCAGCAGCCCUCCGGGUACUAUCCCGGUUACCCGCCUCACCAGGGUAAUAUGUAUUAUCCUGGAUAUAAUGGACCGAUGGGACCUGGUGCUUCCGUACCGAACUUCCCUCCCGGCCAGCAACCGAUGCCAUAUGUUCUUCCACAAGCAUCGAAUGAGCCCGCCGGACAACCCGGGACUGUGGCCCAUGAAUCUGGCGGCACGGUCUACUUCUACGAUACCAACCAGAUGUAUCAGAACCCCAACAACUACGGACCAGGACCAGGACCUGGGGGAGUGGUUGGAAUGGGAGGCAUGAUGACGCCGCCAGGCACCACCUACUACUAUCCUCAAGGGCCGGGUGCUGGGGGCAACAUGCCAUACUAUGGGCAGCAGUGA